CUUGCCCCGUCCCCGCCCUUCGGGCUGGCUCGGCCCUCAGCUCCCGGCUGUCCACCGCAGCUGGCCUGUCCAAGAUGGAGGGCUUUCCACCCGCGCCGUUUGCCCUCCGGCUGCUCCUGCUCGCGGCGCUGCCGGCCGCCGGGUGGCUGAUGACCGUUACCCAUGAGCUGCCCCUGCCGCCCCGAGCCCCGAAGGACAGCCUCAGAAUUAAUGUAACUACCCUGAAAGAUGAUGGGGCUGUAUCUACAGAACAGGUUAUUCUUAACAUAACCUACGAGAGUGGACAGGUAUAUGUAAAUGACUUGCCUGUCAAUAGUGGUGUAACCCGAAUAAGCUGUCAGACUUGGAUAGUGAAGAAUGAAAAUCUGGAAAAUUUGGAGGAAAAAGAAUAUUUUGGAAUUGUCAGUGUAAGGAUUUUAGUUCAUGAGUGGCCUAUGACGUCUGGUUCCAGUUUGCAACUAAUUGUCAUUCAAGAAGAGGUAGUAGAGAUCGAUGGAAAACAAGCUCAACAAAAGGAUGUUACUGAAAUUGAUAUUUUAGUUAAGAACCAGGGAAUACUCAGACAUUCAAGCUAUACGCUACCUUUGGAGGAAAGCAUGCUGUAUUCUCUUUCCCGAGACAGUGACAUUUUAUUUACCCUUCCUAACCUCUCCAAAAAAGUAGAAAGUGUUAGUUCAUUGCAGACCACCAGCCAGUAUCUUAUCAGGAAUGUGGAAACCACCGUAGAUGAAGAUGCUUUACCGGGCAAGUUACCUGAAACUCCUCUCAGGGCAGAGCCUCCGUCUACGUAUAAGGUGAUGUGUCAGUGGAUGGAGAAGUUCAGAAAAGAUCUGUGUAGAUUCUGGAGCAGUGUUUUUCCAGUGUUUUUUAUGUUUCUGAACGUCAUGGUGGUUGGAAUUCUAGGAGCAGCUGUGGUAAUAACCAUCUUAAAGGUGCUUUUCCCAGUUUGUGAAUACAAAGGAAUUCUUCAAUUGGAUAAAGCAAAUGUUAUACCUGUGACAGCUAUCAACUUAUUUCCAGAUGAUACUGAGAAAAGAGCAAAAAACCCUGAAGAUAAAACAUGUGUUUAAAUCAAAUCGCGGACUCUGAAUUAGUCUUUUGGCUCUAAAUUUGCCACUUGAAUAGAAUUUUCUUUAAAUCAUUAAGAAUCAGUUUAUACACCAGGGAAAUUGCUAAACUCCUAAAACUGCCUAAAACUUGACCUUUAAAGUGACAAGUUAAAGUUCACCUUAGUCUCUAACAGGGCUGGCUAUUCAGAUGAUGAAUUAAGAAAAACCUAAAUGAAGUGGAAGAGAAGACGUGAAGAAACUACCAAAUUACAAAAAAAAAAAAAGGGAGCAAGACGAAAUGCCAUGUGCCAAUACUUUUCAAGGUGCCUUUGUAAAGGAAAUUAUAUCCACUUAAUUACUAUAAUAUAUGAGACUUUAUGAAAAGCACUUUAUGAAAUUCUAAUUUAAAAGCUCAAGAUUUAACACUUAUUUUUUUAUUCAGUAAAAUGUGCCUUUAUAUUAAGUAUGUGACUCAGUAUAAAAUCACUGAAGUGUAUCAUGAUUUGACUGUAUCCUGUACCAAGACUACUUAAACCUUGAAUGCACAAGGAUUUAAAAAUCGUAGUGACAUGUUCUCACUCUAAAAUAAACUUUUUUUUGAGGAAAA